ACCACAGACCUUCUCCACAGCAGCCACCAAUUGACCAAGAAGGAGAAGCAACCCUCGGCCCCCCCCCUAAGAACCUCCGACGGACCCGUCAGCUGAUGAGGCCCAGCGAGCAGCUCUGCACAGACUACUGAAGCUCGUCCACUCCUUCGAGACACUCCAGUCCUUCCCUUCCUUCGUCCACCCGGCUCGCUCUCUCCAGACUCCUCCGCCAUGCCUCCUCAGCUUCCGUCCCAGAACCAGAAAGGUCCCCGGGUCCUGCAGGGCGACCCCGGCGCCCUCAGCCCGGACCUCAAGGCUUUUGUGGACGCCAACGUGAGCCUCUGCCAGCCCGACUUCCUCCACAUUUGCGACGGAUCCGAGGAGGAGAACAAGGCCAUCCUGACCCAGCUGGAGGAGCAGGGCAUGAUCAAGAAGCUCAGCAAAUACGAGAACUGCUGGUUGGCGAGGACCGACCCGAGGGACGUGGCCCGCGUGGAGAGUAAGACGGUGAUCGUGACCCAGGACCAGAGGGACACGGUGCCCACCCCCCUGGAGGGUGGGGUCAGCCAGCUGGGCCGCUGGAUGUCCCCAGAAGAGUUUGACAAAGCAAUGGAUCAGCGGUUCCCUGGCUGCAUGAAAGGCCGCACCAUGUAUGUGAUUCCCUUCAGCAUGGGUCCAGUGGGUUCCCCCCUCUCUAAGAUCGGAGUGGAGCUGACGGACUCUCCCUACGUGGUGGCCAGCAUGAGGGUGAUGACGCGGAUGGGGACGGCCGUGCUGUCCGCUCUGGGGACGGGCGAGUUCGUCCGCUGUCUGCACUCCGUCGGCUGUCCGCUGCCACUUAAAAGGCCCUUGGUGAACAGCUGGCCCUGUAACCCCGAGCAGACGCUGAUCGCUCACAUCCCAGAUCGCAGGCAGAUCGUCUCCUUCGGUAGCGGCUAUGGAGGUAACUCCUUGCUGGGGAAGAAGUGCUUCGCUCUGCGCAUCGCCUCGCGUAUCGCCAAGGAGGAAGGCUGGCUGGCCGAGCACAUGCUGAUCCUGGGCGUCACCAACCCCGCCGGGGAGAAGAAGUACAUGGCGGCCGCCUUCCCCAGCGCCUGCGGAAAGACAAACCUGGCGAUGCUCUGCCCCACGCUGCCCGGCUGGAAAGUCGAGUGUGUGGGGGACGAUAUUGCCUGGAUGAAGUUCGACGAACAAGGCAACCUACGUGCGAUCAACCCCGAAAAUGGCUUUUUCGGAGUCGCGCCAGGCACCUCGGUCAAGACCAACCCCAACGCCAUGGAGACCAUCGUGAAGAACACCAUCUUCACCAAUGUUGGGGAGACCAGCGAUGGCGGUGUGUUCUGGGAGGGCAUGGACCAGUCCCUGCCCGAGGGAGUCACCAUCACUUCCUGGAAGAACCAGCCCUGGAGCUCGGAGGACGGUGAACCCUGUGCUCACCCAAACUCUCGUUUCUGCACUCCGGCCGGGCAGUGUCCCAUCAUCGACCCGCUGUGGGAAUCCCCGGAGGGAGUCCCCAUCAAGGCCAUCAUCUUCGGAGGGCGCAGGCCACAAGGCGUCCCACUGGUCUACGAGGCGUUCAGCUGGCAGCAUGGAGUGUUUGUCGGAGCGGCGAUGAGGUCGGAGUCCACCGCUGCCGCCGAGCACAAAGGCAAGGUGAUAAUGCACGACCCCUUCGCCAUGCGGCCCUUCUUCGGCUACAACUUCGGCCACUACCUCUCUCACUGGCUGAGCAUGGCCGACCACCCCGGCGCCAAGCUGCCCAAGAUAUUUCACGUCAACUGGUUCCGCAAGAGCCCGACCGCCGGAUUCCUCUGGCCCGGCUUCGGCGACAACAUCCGCGUGCUGGACUGGAUGUUCCGGCGGGUGAGCGGCGAGGCCGACUGCGUGCCCUCCGCCGUGGGCUACCUGCCCAGUCACGACUCCAUGGACCUGCGUGGCCUGCAGAAGGACGUGGACCUCAACGAGCUGUUCUCCCUGGAUCGGGAGUUCUGGCAGAGCGAGGUGGAGGAGGUGAGGAGGUACUUCACCACGCAGGUGAACCAGGACCUGCCCAGAGAGGUGGCCGAGGAGCUGGAGUCCCUGCAGCAGAGGGUGAAGUGGAUGUGAAGAGCGCCAAAUCUGGAGGAGCUUGUUGCUGAUUUUAAAACAGCUUGUCUGUGAUUUAAGAAUAGAAUUUUUAAAAAAAGACAUAAUUAAAAUUGUACAUCAAAAUGUGAGUGAUUCUAGAAUUUGGUACAUUUUUAUUUGAGGAGGGGCUUUACAACUGUAAGAGGAAUAAUUCACUUCUGAUAAUUAUUUUAAGAACUGCACAUUUUCUCAUUGGCUAGAGACCGCCGCUGAACUCUCCCACUCCGUUUUAGUCAGAGCAUUAAUCUGAACACACUAAUAAUUGGUUCAUAAUGUUAAUAAUGUGAGCAUGUGGAAAUUGUAGAUUAAACAUCGCUAUCAAAUCGGUAUCAAAUCAAUUACACGAUUACAAUAAAAAUGUUUCCUUUCCAUGCAUUCGGAUGCUGUCGUAUCACUGUUAUGUAUUUAACAGCUGCUCAGUAUUGUCCUACUGAAGUUCUGAAUGUGACUAUUGAAUGGUAACUUAUUGUGAGUGCACGGCCGGAUGGAUUUGUGUGGCAGUGAGAGACUAAAUAUGUCACGGUUUGAGCCGCCUGAAAUGCUUCUGUUCCUGUUUCUUUACUUUGUGUCUUAAUUUAUUUUUAUACGCUGUCUGUAUCUUUUGGUUCUGUUGUGAUGGGAACAAAUAAAGGUAUUUUCAUGGA